AGUACGGGCCAAUACUACAGGUAGACCCACACCGUCACAGAGUAUAUUGAUUAUUAACACUAGACAUAGGGCUACGUUUAGCAGAAUUCGGAAUAUGUCAAAAUCUACUGGAAACUCACGAUUUCGUGCCGUGAAUAUUGAGGAUUUCGAUGAAAAUGCCUACUUCGAUAAUAUUGAAGAUAUUGGGUCCACUGGACCUGACAGGACACGUGUGAUGGAACUCCUCAACGGUGGAAAGAAACAAGAAGCACUGCAAGCUGUUCUUCAAAAUCCACCGUAUGGCUCUAAAAACGAAACACUCCGGAAAAUGUGUUCCUCAUUAGUUACAAAAGUUCUGUCGUCAUUUAAGUCGAUUGAAACUGAGAAAGCGGUUCGAUCUCUUGAUCAGGAAAUGCUGGACACUUUAAUGCAAUAUAUCUACAAAGGCUUUGAAGCUCCCUCAACCCAGUCAUGUUCGGUUCUACUAACAUGGCACGAAAAGGUACAUGCUGUCGGGGGUAACGGGUGUAUUACAAGAGCACUAACAACCAGGAAACCUCUUUAAAGCUCACAAAAUGCCAAUUGGUAAUUCGUUUACAGUGCAAACUUCGGCGUGACUGUUAAUGAAGAUGUGCUCCGGACAUAACAAGAGACUCGGGCACUUAGCGUCAAAUGAUUAUAUGUUGUAUGUCUUUCAUUGCUCCAGGACCUAUUAUAACCUUUCUUUACUGAAAGAUAUUCAUUUCAAAUAUAAUUUUAGUCUAAUGUAAUUGCAAUCUAAUAAGUAGUACCGUACGCAUUUACUAUGAGUGAGGAAAAUAGAAAUUAGAUAAAUGUUUGUUAUUAAAAAACAUUGAUAUUUUCUUCCUGUUCUAUUACUAUAAUUGCGAUAUUUUCAUCCAACGAUUUUACAUCAUGUAGAAAACAUGUCAGCGCAUGUCAAUAUCAACCCAGAUAUAUUUUAAGCUAUGUGUGGGUCGUCGUCAUUGUCUUUUACAAUGGUAACAAUUUAAGUUUGUACUCUGAACUGUCCUAUUAAACUUUAAGAACAAUAAACAGUAUUACUUGGACCAAUAUAAAAUAUAUAAUAAUUGAUGUAAUAUUUAUUUUAAAAAAAGAUUCACGCAGUGUAUUGAUAAUGAUUGUGCUUUGGCAUUCGAAAUAUAUUAUCAGAAAACAAAACAAAAAACGAUAUCAGAAGAAUAAGCAGUGAUAUAUCACUUAGGCAUAUAUCGAUCGUAAAAAGACGCAUAAUUUUAUGUAAUCGUGGACUAAUUAUAUUAGUUUAUACAUUUUCUCAUAUGCUCUUGCAAAUCAUCGCUAAUAUAGUAGUGUAGUGAACUGCUUCUAACAUUUUCAGCAUUAUUAAUCGGAGCACACAAGUCAUACUUUGACUGAGGCCUAUAAAAUAUAUUUCGUUUUAGCAAUGUUUGAAGAAAGAUUUUUUGAACGUAUAAUUUUCUAAUGGCGAAGUCUUUCGUCCACAGUUUGAAAUUUAAAUUAAAAUGUACAUGACAGCUACCGUAUUGUUUUAAUUUCGAAAUAAAUUGUAUUAUUAUAAACUA